AUGGACGACACGGCUACUAGUGUCCCAGAUAUGAGUAAGGAUGACUCGUAUGAUCAGGAAUUAAUAGCAAAUUUAAAGAAACAAGUAGAGAAAUUGACUCUUCAAUUAAGUAGUGCUGAGGAAGAAAUUGAUAAUCUUACAUUAGAAAACAACAAUCUAAAACAGUCAAACGAGGAGCUUCAAAAGAUUAAUAUACUUUACAAAAAAAUUACCAACAGCCCUGCAAAAAAAUCUAAGAAAAAACUAUCUACCCCAAAAAAAAUUAACGAAACGUCACAAAGCAAACAAACACAAACCGAGCAACUAAAUAUUACUGAAAAAAAAGACGAAUGA